AUGUUGGGGUGGCAAGAGUGGUCUCAUUUCGGAAGUAGCCAAGAAGGUGGAGCUUUUCCUCAUCUUUGUCAGCUCUAUCUGACAAAUUGUCCCAAGCUAACAGAGAAAUUACCUGAGUAUCUUCCAUCCUUGACUACACUUGAGAUAAGGAGAUGCGAGCAACUUCUGGGUUCACUUCCAAGAACUGGGGCCAUUUUGGAGAUUCCUUCUGUGAAAGACAACCUUUGUCUUGAAGAGAAAACUAGCGGUAUUAACUCAUCUCUUACUCCAUUUCCUUGUGACGGUCUGGCCAAUGCUUUAAGAGUUCUUAAAAUAAAAAAUUGUUGGAACUUAUCUCCAUUAAAUCACUGCUAUGCAUUCCUUCAAACAUUGAAGAUAAAGAGUAGCUGUGAUUCAACCAAGUCUAUCCUGCUGGACUACUUCCCAAAGGUUAAGGAGCUCAAAUUAUAUGACUGUAGGAAUCUGGAAUCCCUUACUUAUUCCCAGGAUUCUGAAAGCCCUACAAUCCUGUCCCUCAGUUCCUUGAGAAUAUUUAAUUGCCCAAAUUUUGUAUCUUUUCCCAAUGGAGGACUGUACGCCCCCAACUUGAUAGUGCUUAAUAUAUCUGAAUGCGAUAAAUUGAGGUCGUUGCCAGAACAUAUGUGCACUAGUCUCUCAUCUCUUCAGGCUGUAAUCCUAGAGUAUUGUUCUGAACUAGAGUCAUUUCCUGAAGGGGGACUGCCUUCAAAUUUGGAUAUGCUGCGUAUCUUUGGAUCCAAAAAACUCAUUGCCAACCGCAUGCACUGGGGUCUGGAUAGGCUCAUCUGUCUCAGAUACUUGGCUUUCAGCUUUGACGAAUGUGAAGACGUUGUAUCAUUUCCGGAGGAGGGGCUUCUGCCUACCAUUUUGACUACUCUCUGCAUCUUCAAUAGUCCAAAUCUUAAGAUCCUGGACUCUAAGGGUUUUCAAAACCUCACCGCUCUUCAACAUUUGUUCAUUGAUGAGUGUAAUGAGCUCGAAUGCUUGCCAGAAGGCCUUCCCACUUCUCUUUCUCAUUUGGAUAUCAAUAAAUGUCCUUUGCUGACACAAAGGUGCCAGAAAGAGAUAGGGGAAGAUUGGCUCAAGAUUUCUCACAUCACUCGUGUAACCGUUGAUGGGCUCGAUUUCAUAAACUGA